AUGAUUCUCGAACGUUGCACACGGCAGAGUGACGGAAAGGCCGCCUCACCGGCCGGAACAAAUCAGCUCGCCGCCCUCACCACUGUCUGCCGAGACUGGAUGGACUUCUUUGAGGGCAAGCUGUUCGAGCGACUGACCCUUACGACCGAGUCCGACAUACAAACUUUCGCAGACCUUGUUCAGGGCAGACGACGGGCACGCGUGAAAUGGAUAUGGCUGCGUGUCGAGCUGCCAAUGUACGAUUGCGAGCAGUGCCACCGUCUUGAGACCCGCGAGGAUGUCCAGGUCCAAAAAGCCACCUUCACCAAUCUUUUCUGGAACCUGUUCGGUGUCUUAUCCACGUGGGAAAACAAAGAUGUCCGAAAUGACGACCGAAAGGACGACCGAAAUGACGGCAUCACCCUCGAGUUGAGCGCCCACUCUCCGAGCGACACCCACCAUUUCAACAAGGAUCUCCGUUUCCGCCUCCACGAUACGGCGUGGGACAGAUGGGACGACCGUCCAGUUCUACCACAUAACGACCCGUUUCACGGCUGGAAGGACGGAAAAAGGGUCAAGACGAUCCCUCGGGACGCCAAAUAUCGAGUGUUUGGUUUUGGGCUGCGCUUUAACUACAACUUGCCAUCCGUCCGCCGUCAGCGCAUGCGCCUGCCCAAGGUCUCCGUGGUCGCCUCCCUCGUUAUCCGGCGACAAUUCCCCCGUGCAUUCGCGGCCCGCAAGGCACUCCAUCCCAUGAUUUGCAGCCUGACGCGCCUCAGUAGCUUCACAUACGAGCCCUGGCGUGGUCCGACGAUCACGUACCAGAGGAACCAUGACUGGCACCACGCGUUUCUGGCCAGGGAGGCAUUGAAAGCGCGGACGAAGACUUUGAAGAAAGUUGCAAUUUUCGAGAGCCACGAUGAGAUUUCCUAUCGCGAGCCCCGCAACGGUACUUGCCAGCGUUUCACUGCGGGCUCGUUCUCCCGCGACCUCGCGCGGUCGAGCCGCCACUUGGAGGAGUUGUACGUGGCGAACAACAUCUAUGCGUUCGAGUUCUUCUACGCUUUUCACCCACAGGCCCCUCCGGCGCAUAGGAGGUGA